AUGGAAGACAAAUCUAUCGCUGUAAAAGCUGCCGAAAUGCGUCGCCGCCGCAUCCUCGGCAGCGAAGUGAACAGGAUGGAGAAACUUACUGGGAACAAACAAAUUCAGCCUAUCACCUCCCCAGUUAUCAAUUUUGAUAUGGGAGAUAUAGAUUUUGAUGCACUGAAGAAAAGUUUGCCAAUGAUCAAAUUGAAGGUUAAAUGUGCCAUACAGUUGACACUCCUUUUGUUCACAUCUCUUCUAGGUGCCACUGUCAGAUUGUAUGAGUCUGAUAACAAAAAUUUUUUAUUCAGAAUAAUUGAAUUAAUCGUAAAUAUGAUAUUAAGCAUACCUCCAUUCCCACUUUUGGACGAUUUGUGGAAAAAUAACCACAGACUACGGACGAAAACAGUUAAAGUGAUCACAUGGACCAUGCUAAUUACAUUCAUCCUGAUUAAGGCGCCACCACCUUCACUAAACUCCACUAAUAAUUCGAACGGCGAGCAAAGUGAGAUUGCAGAAUUUGUUCAAAUACCAAAAGGAUUUAAGGAUCUACUAUGCACUGUUGGAGAAUGGGCAAGUGCGUUGUUGUUAUUUUUCUUUGUAGGCUAUGACAUAACACACAACCUUCUUGUAUAA